GUUCGGGGUCGCGUGUCGGACCGGCCGGUCCGGCGGCUACAAGAACCGGGCGAGCCCGAGGCCCGGUCCCCAAAUCUGCAACGCUUGGCGCUCGCUCGGCAUCGCCCUCCGCUCGCCCCCGCCCGAUCGCCGCGUCCCCUCGCCGCCGGUGAUCGCCAGGGAGCCGCCGCGGCGCCGCUCCGGUGGUUCCGGCCCCCACCUCGGCGUCCACCCCUCCUCCCGCGUCCCGCCCGGCGGCCUCGUACCCUCCCGCGCGGGGGGUCCCUCUCGCCGCGGAAUUUGGCAUGUGACGCGGGGCGGCGAGGACGAGGAGGCGCCGCCGGCGGGGGCGGAUGCGGAUGCGGCGGCGGCGCGGGGUUGAUUGAUUGGAAUUCGAGAUUGAUUCUUACCGAUUUUUUUCGAGGGAAGCGCGUGCUUCAGGAAUUCGGUUGCUCCAGGUUGCAUUUCAAAAUGGUUUGCAUGCCGGGGCAUUUUAAAAUGGCUUCUGUGCUGAAGCUUGUAAUGAUGGAAAAUCACACAGCACCAGAUGAUGUGAUCCAUGAGAUGAAUGCUGCACAGGUCCUGCAAAAGCAACUGUUUGAUGCACACGAACCAAAUUUACUGGAUGAAAACGAUAUGCAUAUAUUUGGAUCAAAACCUAUGGCUGAUCCUUUGGACCUGGUCUGCUGUAGUACUUGCAAGAAGCCAGUCAAGGCUAGCCAAUAUGCAGUUCAUACAGAGCGAUGUAGUUCAGGGAAGGUAAAUACAAAUGACGCAAUGGGUAUUGAUCAUGCCAGUCCUACAAAGCCCCCAAAGAAGGGCAGAAAAAUAAAAGUGAUAAGUAAUGGAAAUCAAAAGGUACACAUAAAAGUGAAAGCAAAAUCUCAACCUGAAAGCAAGAACGGUGCCAAUACUUUCGAGUUGGACAAUGGGCAUGUCAGUAAACUACAACCUAUAAGUUCCACAGGGCUGAAGACAUUGGUUCAUAAUGCAUCUGCUAUCAAUGUGCCUAAAAGUCACCUCAAAGAUGCACCAGUUCCUCUUGCAACAAAAAUGUAUCAUUCACAGGGCAACUACCGUCUUCGAUUGGAGCUUGGUCAGCUUUAUCGCGAAUCAUGUGUGGAGCAUUUGAGCAGCCACACAACUCCAAACUUGUCACAGCAGAAUGGAUUGGUGUCACAGUUUCCACCAUGUGGCAAGUCAGCAUUACUUGGUUCUCAGAAGAACCUUGUUCCUCAGACACAGCUUCUUGCAAGCACAUCUGAACUGUGCUCAGGAAUUCCUCAGCAAUUAUCAGCAAGCAGGCCUAACCACUCACUAGUAACAAAAACUGAGAGAGCAGAUACACAAGCAUCUGCAUUUAGCAAUGAAGGUUCACGAUCUAGAUGCAACAAAGCUGCUGUUCCCCAUUCGAGAAACAAAGGAAGCAAGAAGGCGCAGCAGCAACCUAAUGGACGUGUUCAUGUGAUCAAGUCCUCAGUAGAGUAACCCAUUGAUAGCUUAUGCUGAUUGAUUUGCAGGUAAUUUAUUGGUCUAGUGGUAGUAUCACUAAUGAACAGUCUCUUUGUUCCUUUUCAAAUGAAAUUGGUUAUCAUCAGGAUUGUUUUGGAUUGGAUGGUCUGGAUUCGGGAUCAUUUUGGUUCGUCGGUUCUUGGUACAAGAAGCUAACUAACUCUAGUUCUAGCACUGAUGAUGGAAUUACCUGUAAAUAUGGCCUCAAAGGCCUUCUCUUCUCCGUGCCGCCCUUGCUACAGAAGAUUGUGAACCUGAUGAACAUUUCAAUAUAACCCUUUCCUCACCGAAUUUGAGUUUGA